UGUUGCGUUGGAGACGCUGCUAUGCGGGUGUCUGCGUCAACUCGUCGAUCUUUAGCGUAUUUCCUUGGAAAUGGUUCAUGCAUAUGAUAUAUAGAUCAUAUAUCAUCUUUACGCGAAUGCUUUUCCUGUAACGUUGUCAGGUAGCUAAAAGUUGCGUAGGAAGGGUUUUGCCACAGAGGAUAUGGAGUUCGCACUGUGAACAACUAAACAGGUUCCAAAUGUCUGACGACCUUUAUGCGAAGUUCCUUGCUCCUGAGGAGCCUUUUCCUUUGCUGUCGCAGCGAGGAAACCUCAGUGAAGAUGGAACAUUGGAUGUUAGUGACUUUGGCUGUCAGCUAUCUUCUUGUCAUCGGACUGACCCUCUGCGGCGGUUUCAUAGUAACAGAUGGAAUCUGACAUCAUGUGGCACCAGUGUGGCAAGCUCAGAAUGCAGUGAGGAACUCUUUUCCUCUGUGUCUGUGGGGGAUCAAGAUGACUGCUACUCCCUCCUUGAUGACCAGGAGCUCACCUCUUUUGACCUGUUCCCGGAGGGCAGUGUCUGCAGUGAUGUGUCUUCUUCCAUCAGCACAUACUGGGACUGGUCAGACAGUGAAUUUGAAUGGCAGUUGCCAGGAAGUGACAUUGCCAGUGGGAGUGACGUGCUUUCCGACAUUAUACCCAGUGUACCAAGCUCACCCUGCCUUGUUUCAAAACGAAAGACCAAAUCUCACGGGAACCUGGAUGAACUGCCAUGGAGUGCCAUGACUAAUGAUGAACAGGUGGAGUAUAUUGAGUACCUGAGCCGGAAAGUGAGUACAGAGAUGGGACUACGAGAGCAGCUUGACAUAAUUAAAAUAAUUGACCCGAGUGCUCAUGUAUCUCCGACAGACAGUGAGUUUAUCAUUGAGCUGAACUGCCUUACAGAUGAAAAACUGAAACAGGUGAGGAACUACAUCCGGGAGCAUGGUCCACGGCAGCGGCCCGGCAGCACGCGAGACAGCUGGAAGCGGAGCGUGCCGAGCAGCACCAGUGGCAGUGCCCACAGCAGUAGUAAUGGCAGCAUGGUGAGCAGUGGCAGUAGCAGUGCCGGCUCCACCGCCUCAAACUCCUCCACAAGCAUCAGCCGCGCCCACAGCGACGGCAACCUGGCCUCUGCCGCGGAGCGCAUCAGAGACUCUAAGAAACGCUCUAAGCAGAGAAAACUGCAGCAGAAGGCUCUGCGUAAGAGACAGUUGAAGGAGCAGCGACAGGCUCGCAAGGAAAGACUGAGUGGCCUGUUUGUUAAUGAAGAGGUCCUGUCACUCAAAGUCACCGAAGAGGAGGACCAUGGCGAUGACGUUGAUAUCUUGAUGUGACAAGAGUGAAUUAAUCAGUGCUCCCUCUAAGCCUUGAUUCGCUGUCACACUGUCAGUCAUCUUUUAUUGCUUUAAGAGUGAACGUCUUAAUAGGUUUGAAACAACAUCAUUCAGAAUCCUUAACAAACGCGAAUCAAAUAACAAAAACUGAGUCAAAUGGUGAACUCACUCCAUAUGGCAAUAAACCUCAGUUUUUAAUUGGACAGUAAAGAGGUAACAGAGCAAUCAGUUUGCAAGGUCAUGUUAAUAUGUCCGUUGUCAGCAUUCUGCAUUAUCAUUUUAAUCCAUCAAGGUCAACAUAUGGAGUAGUCUUUAAUUCACCACUAUGGUCACAUGAACAUGUUUGGGACACCAGGCAUAGAGGGAACACUGAAAACCAAAUGCAUAAAAGGUCAUUGCCUUCAUUGUAAAUCAGUGAUUCAGUGAUUUUUAAAAUUCGUGAUUUAUUAUAUUUCUGUUUGUGUUGUUACCUUGCUUGUAGUAUAAAGUAGGCAGGGUUUAAUACUAAUUUCUGGAGGAGUUUGGGUUUGGGGGUAAAUUGUUUUGCCCCAGAUGAAUUACUAAAUAUGUUCUAAGGGAAGAAGUACUUACUGAUGUAAGUAACCUACAUCACCAGACUUUCUUAAUUCUUAAGUAAUGGAAAAUUACUGAAAAUUAUAAUUCAUCCUUUGUGAUGUACAUAUAUUUUCAUAAACAAUGUUAUGUCGAAACUGAAAUGAAAACAUUUGUCUUGAAGCAUUUAAGCAUUUAACUGGCAUUAACACAUUGGUCUUAAAGCAUUUAAAGAGAACCACCAAAAAUCUCAGUAAAAUGCUGCUCUGCUCCCUCAUGUUUCAUCAGUGGAGUGUAUUGAUUACAUCGAUGUAUUUAAAACGAAUCAUAGACUUUUAAGAGUGUGUGGAACUCUCACCACUCAGGUUCUGUAGAUGUGUGGAUUUUUUGGGGGGUGGGGUGUUAUUUUCUGUACAGUGUAGUAAAGUGCAUGUAGUGGUUUCACCUAAAGUUUUGCUUUAGAUCACACGAAGUGCAUUGGUGACAAUAGAUCAGGUGGGUUUAAUGUUUAAUUUUCUUUUGUUUUUGAAGCUUCUCAGUAUAUCCUUUUAUAUUUUUACAGAGAGAAACUUUAAUAUCUCCUGUGUAUUAGAAGCCAGUUUUUGUUAGUGCAGAUGUCAUUAUUUCCUUAAUGAAAUCACACUUGAACUUUUGUACUUGUCCACAUCAACUAGUAAUUGCCUUGAGAGCUCUCUAAAUAUACCAAUAGCAGCGAAUACAGAGAGAUUUCUGUAAAUAUUGUACUUACUCUAAGACGUAAAGUUUUGUCGGGGCAAAACUAAAACUAUAUACAGGUAAUUUUUUCUGAAAUUGUGUUGAACUAAUGCUAGUGUUUUAUAAAGCUUUGUGUCAAAUGUAUCAUAAAAUCCAUCAUUUCCAGUGGUAAUGCUCAAGCUCAGAGUUGUGUAAUUACAGCAAGCAGCUUUUAAAAAAAAAUCAACCUUGUGUACGUCAUUGUCUUAACUGUAAAAUAUUAAAGUACUCAGAUAAUUUGCACUGACAGUCAAAUGCAUACAUUAUACAAAGAAUCUGCAUGUACAGUUUUUUAAAAUUCAAAUAGGUAUUUUUUUCCAUUCUAAAUUUAAAAAAAUCUUUUAUUAAUGUCAUACUUCAUUGUUCUUAUACCCUAAAUGAGAGCUGAAACUAAUAUUGAUCAUUAUUAACUUGACAGCUUGUUAAAUAUUCUUUAAUAUCUGCAGUAAUACAAAGGAAACAUAGAUCUGAUUAUCCUCCACAGUAAAAGGUUACAUAUAGAUUUCACUGAAAUCUGCUGUGCAAAUGUCAGUUGUGUGCGGGUGUGCAUGCAUUGCAGAAUAAACAAUGUUUAGUGCACUGUGUUAUAAUUUUUAAUAUCAAAAUGUAAUUGCUAAAUAUAUUAAAAGUUUAAGAAAACUACAAAAAUGUAAAAUAAUAGUAAUGAAAUCGUGUCUUCAUUCACCCACUGUAAGAAAGUUGUAUUGUAUUUCUAAAGGUUUAACAUGCAGGUGUGGCGACAUGUCAAAUAAACACUGGAAGAGUUA